UACAUUACCAUUUAUAGUCACAUAAUUCUGAUGCACAACUUCUCAGAAUCCUGUCCAUUUUCCUGCACAUUCUAAUCUCAGGUUCUUCAUCACCAUUCUCCUAUAAUCAAUUUUAUAGAAGUGGAGAAAUGGCAGAAACAGUGUUUGCUCCUUGUCUGGAAGGAAUAAAGCAUAUCAAAUCUGAACAAGGGGAUAUGCAGACCAAGCCUUUGUUGGAUGUCUGCAAACUCGUAUUGCCUAUCUUAGAUAAAUUUGGGGCUGCCAUGACUGUCGUAAAAUCUGAUAUCAGUGGUAAUAUCUCGAGGUUGGAACAUAAGUACAACUCAAACACCUCGAGAUUCAACUACCUGUACAACAUGGUACAAGCUGAAGUUGAGACGAAGACUGCUAAAUCAUCAUGUAGCUGCACGAACGGGAUUCUUUGGUUGACGAGAGCAAUGGAUUUCUUAGUCGAACUGUUCCGUAAUCUAUGUGAGCAUCGAGAUUGGUCAAUGUCGCAAGUUUGCAAUGGCGCAUACAGCAAGACCUUGAAGAAAUGGCAUGGUUGGCUUGCUAGUUCAAGUUUUUCGGUUGCUAUUAAGCUUGCACCAGACAGGAAGAAGUUCAUGGAGGUAAUAGGCACUGAAGGAGACAUUUAUGGUGAUAUGCAAAAAUUCUGCACAAAUUUCUCACCAAUCCUAGGAGAGAUUCAUAAGUUUCUGGCCAGUUUUGGAUUGGACAGUAUGAAAUCUUCAUGAAGGAAUUGGCUUCUCUGCCUCUGUGUAUAAUCGCCUACACAUUUCUCAUUUGCCAUUUCAUAAUCCUAUUGUACUUUCCUCGUUUCUUGCCCAGAUAUUUGAAUCCUUUCUAUGCAAUUUUCCUAAUGAAGCUUUUCCUA